UGGGUUACAAGAAGAUCAAAUUUCCGAGAAGAUUAUGAGCAUCUCAAGUUAUCUUGCUGGAAAUUGAACGAUACUAAACCUUCAUUGGGUUUAUUCGCUCAAAAUGGCGGAAGUUGGUGUCUCUAUUGUGUCUGAAAUAGUGAAAAAACUAGUGGAUGCAGCAGUAAGUCAAGCUCGUUAUUUAUUUUGCUUCAGUACGUACGUUAAAGAGCUUGAAAGGGAAAAAGAGAACCUGCAAUCAAAAAUUGAAAGUGUUACCGAUCUUGCUAAAGAAUCAGCCAAGAAAACUGAGAAGAUUGUCCGUGAUGUUGAUAAGUGGUUGUACAAGGCAGACUAUUUGAUAGCAAGAGUCGUGGAGUUGGAAGAAAAUGCAAUGAAAAGAAAUAAGACACCUUGUCUUUUGCAUCGUGGUAACUUUAUCAGGCAUUAUAAUUUUGCCAGGCAGCUCGAAGAGAAAAGCAAAGAGAUUAGGAGGCACAGUGAAGUUCAAUUCGCGCAGUUCUCUCGACUCGCUACCCUCAUAGGCAUGAACUAUUUUGCUUCACAAGGUUUCCUCCACUUCGACAGUAGACAGAGGGCAUACAAUGAACUUUUGGAGGCACUAAAAGAUGAUCAAGUUCGCAUGAUUGGAUUGCAUGGUAUGGGGGGAUGUGGGAAAACGAUGUUGGUGAAGCAAGUGGGCCAAGAAGCCGAGCAAUUUUUUGACAAAGUUGUCUUUGUUGUUGUCUCUAAUGUCAUUGAUGUUAAGAAAAUUCAAGGGCAGAUUGCAGGCCAACUAAGUUUGGAAUUAAAAGAGGAAGAGGAGUCAGAGAGGGCUAGAAGAGUGUUCAUGAGAUUGAGAAGUGGAAAGAGAUUUUUGAUAAUUUUGGAUGAUGUAUGGGAAAUGCUUGAUUUCAAAUCCAUAGGGAUUCUUGAUGUUGAAAAUCAAUCUGGGUGCACUGUUCUUAUAACAACACGAAAAUUUGAUGUAUGCAGAUUGAUGAAUUGCAAACAAACUAUUUCCUUAAAGGGUUUAGAUGAGAAUGAAGCAUGGACUCUCUUUCAAAAACAUGCUGGGAGCUUUGAGGACAACUCUAGUACAUUGAAGGGUUUGGGAAAAGAAAUUACAAAACAAUGCGAUGGUUUACCUAUUGCAAUUGUUGCUUUGGCGAAUGCUUUGAAGGGAAAAACUCAAAUUGAGUGGGUUGAAGCAUUGGAAACAUUGAGAGAUUCGAGUUGGGUGGAAAUUGAAGACAAUCUAAGAAACAUUUAUGCGUGCCUUCGGUUAAGCUAUGAUAAUUUGAAGGAUGAAGUGGCCAAAUCACUCUUCUUGUUUUGUGCUGUAUUUCCACAAGAUUAUGAAAUUAUAGUUGAUCAAUUAGUCCUAUAUGGAAUUGGGCUAGGUCUAGUUGAAUCUCACUCAUAUGAAAGGGCCAGAAACCAAUUGAUUAAAGCAAAAACAAAGCUUAUAGAUUGUUGUUUGUUGCUUCAAGUUAGUGGAAAGCCUUCUAUUAAAAUGCAUGACUUGGUGCGUGAUGUAGCCUUGUGGAUGGCAAAGAAACAGAUUAAGUUGGUCCCGGGACAUAAAUGGAGUCCAAAUGCAUUUCAAGAGGAUAUGAUUACAAGGGAUAUGUUGAGAUACUUAUGGAUCAAUAAAAUGGAUAAACUUUCACAUAAGCUAGAGUGUCCUGAACUUGAGUUUCUUCUCAUCUCUGUGAAGUCUCAGACCCCUAUAGUUGUAGCCAAUGAUUUUUUUGAAGAACAUAAGAACUUGAGAUUAUUGGAUAUAGAGAGAUGCCAUAUUCUAAUGAAUCCUUAUAAAGUCAUUGGAAGAUGUGGGCAAUUGAAAGAAUUCAUUGGAGAGUUACUGUAUAGAUUUGGGGGAAAAUUCUGGGGAUUUUUACGGCAAAAACUUCCUAUUACAAGAAGUUUAUACGUUGAAGAAUUUGAGACUUGCAUCUCAAAUGCGACAAUUAAGGAUCUCAUGCAAAGAGCAGAAGUUCUUUCUUUAGGGGGAAUUCAUGAAAGCUGUAAGAAUAUAAUCCCUGAUGUAUUUAAAACAAUAGGAGGAGGUAUGCAUUCUUUGACUCAACUUUCACUUUGUUUUUGUGACAAAAUAGAAUGUGUGAUAGACAUUGGAAAUCAUUUGGGUCAACUUGGAAUUAUCUCUAGAUUGACUCACCUAACUAUCAAAGAGAUGAAUUGUUUGAAAACUUUAUGUCAUGGUCAACCUCCUUCGGGCCUUUUUGCAAACUUGGAGGUCCUGGAUAUAUGUGGUUGUCAUUCACUUCAGAAUAUAGUAGCUGAUGAAGGGACUGAAAUAGUUGUAGCAGAUAGUGAAUAUCAAAUGACAUUCCCAAAAUUAAAGACACUAAUCAUCUAUCAGUGCACUCGGCUAGAAUACUUAAUGCCUAACACUUUUGCUCAAAGCCUUACACACUUGGAGGUUUUGGAUAUAAGGAGAGCUAAUAAAUUGACAAGUCUGUUUGUCCAAUCCAUUCACGAAGAACCAAGUCCAGAAAAUUUUCAACUGAUAGAGUUUUGUGCUUUAAGCUACCUAUCUCUCAACAACUUGCCAAAUAUCAUUAGCAUUUGUCAAGGAAAUUAUCAUCCAACCUGGCCAUCUUUGAAAAGCUUAAACUUGGGAGGAUGUCCACAGUUAGACCUCAGGUCCAUCAAUUACUGGCUUGCUAUCUCUGGGCUGAGACAAAAGGAUUAUGAAACAUCAGAGGAACUAUAUAAGGCAAUGGUGACUCCGCUGGAAACUUUGCAAUCACUUAUUGUGCAAAACACUAAAAUAGAAGUUAUUUUUGAUGGAGAAGGGCUUUCUAAUACUGAACAACGAGUGGCCUCAAGUUUGCACUACCUUCGAUUGCAUGAGCUACCAAAGUUGAGCCAUAUAUGGAAGGGUCCCAAAGACUUUUUACUCCUUCAAAAUCUUGGCAAGUUAAUAAUACAAGAAUGUAGAAAUUUGAAAGUUAUCUUUCCUACAUCUGCCUCAAGAUGCUUGCAACAAUUGAGGGAACUCGACAUCAAGAAGUGUGAAGAAUUGGAGGAAAUAAUUGAAGAUGAAAGUCUAAGUCCAUCAAAUCCUCAUCCACUUGUCUUCCCAAAUCUAAGUGCAAUCUUCAUCAGACGUUGCCAUAAGUUGAAACAUGUAAUUCCUAUCUCUACAAGCCACGUGCUUCCCAAAAUAAGGAUCUUAUUCAUACAUGGAGCAUCAGAAGUAGAGAAAAUAUUUAGAGAUGAGGAAGGAGAGACAAGAGAGAUCAGAAAGGAGAAUCUAAUUCCAAAUUUGGAAUAUGUAAUAUUGUGGCAACUGCCUAAACUCAACACAGGAGGUCGAUGGAUUGACUUGCGAACUGUGAGGUACCUUUUAGUGCAACAAUGCCCGAGACUCAAUAUCACUUCCACUAUUACUCCUCGGCAGUUGCAACAAAUAUUAGAUAAUGAGAAAGCAGCUUAUUGGGAUGACCGUUGGGAGUUAAAGUUUGUGUUGGAAGAUAUUAUUGAAUCCAAUGAAAAAUGUAGCAGACAAAUGGAAUCUCUUUCUUCUUCACAUGCUCAGAACAAUAAGCAGAACUUGACACCUAUUGCCUCACCAAAAUCAGCAAAGAAUGUUGAAGAGUCAAGAGAUGAAAAGUCCCUGGAGCUAAACAUAGCAGAGGAAAUGAAUGUUCAAGGAAGCAUUGAAUCAGAGAAUGUUAAGAUAGUUGCUUCAUCAGCUCAUUCAGAAGCAACUAGCUCACUCAUUGGCUCCUCUACUCUAUCUAUAGCACUUCAGCAUAAUAAGAAAGAGUCAAAAGUUCAAACUACUCGAGAGCAAAACAUAUCAAAGGAAAAGAGUGUUCAAGGAAGAGUUGAAGAGGGUACUACAUCGAGGAAUGUUCAAAUAUUCACUACAGUAGCUCAUUUAGAACCAGCAAGCUUAGCCAAGAUUCAAAGUGAAAUCAAGUUCAACCCAAGGGAGUUGGAUAUUGAUAAAGAUGGCAAGUUGAUCCCUCUAAAAAAUCUUCAAGACUACAAAGAUGAUGAUCUCAUUAGUUUUCUUCAAUCUAUGGAGGAUCAUUAUGGUAGGGAAUCACCAUUCUCAGCCAUUCGUACAGUUGCUACAGAUAAAGAUGAGCUUGUUGCAAAGGCACUUGUUGACUUGAAAGACUACUUGAAGAUGCCUCUUAGGGACAUAGCAGCCUCAGAAGCCAAUAGUCUUCGCCUGCAAACUGCUCUCAAUUUUUUGUCUCGUCUUUCUUUGGAAGAUAUAGCUCUUUCCCAUGGUGUGAAGGCUUUAAUAAAGUCUAUGCACAAAGAUUUUCCUAGUAUCAUAUCUUGUUUCAAGCAAGCAUUUGCUACUGCCAAUGAAUUUGUAGUGCUCAAAGAAAGAGAUAAAAGAAUCAAAGAAGAACUAACUCAAAGGAAAGAGGCUGCCAUUGCUCUUGUUUCCAGAAUAUCUAAGACCCAGAAGUCAAUGGUUGAAGCUCGAGCAAAGAAAGCUAGGUUGAAGGAACAUAUCACUUGGUUGGAUAAAGAAAUAACAGAUUAUGAGGUUGAGCUGUCACGUCUACAAGAGCAGAAAAGGAAAUGUAUUGCAGAAAAUAUAGAAUUUAUGAAAGAGAUUGAGGUCAUGAGAAAGGAAAGUUUGGAGAUGGUGGAAGAUCAAACAAAUGCUCGACAAGAAGUGUUUCAGAUUGAUCAUAAAUGGUCAGUCAUGUGUAGCCAGUUUGAGCUAGCCAUGGCCCAAGAAAAUCUCUCUUAGUAUUGUUUUUUGUAAUACCAUUUAAGUCCAAGAGGAUUUCAAUAAUCAUUGGACUAUUUAACAAUGAAUUGUGAUAUAACUACAUGUGGAAUACAUUUCGGAUUCAACUGCAUUGAUUUAAAGUGUGUAUUUGCUCUUUAUCAUCUUUUUUGCCUCUGGUUA